AUGUUCUCUGCCAUUCUGAUGGACGCCCAUCGUGACGAACGCCCUGGGACCCGCAUCGCCUACAAGACGGACUGCCAGCGCCUCAACCACAAGCGGAUGCACGCUCAGUCGCGUGUAUCCACAACCACCGUCCACGAACUUCUCUUUGUCGACAAUUGUGCUAUCAACACCAUCUCGGAAGGGGACGUGCAAAGGAGCAUGGAUUUCUUCUCCGCUGCCUGCGAGAACUUCGGCCAGAUCAUCAACACGGAGAAGACGGAGGUCAUGCACCUGCCACCCCCCAACACUGCCCACAAUGCGCCGCAAAUCACCGUGAACGGAACCCAGCUGCACGUGGUGGACAAUUUCACGUAUCUGUUCGUCACCAAGAUCGACAGCGAAGUAGCCCGCCGAAUCUUCAAGACCAGUAAAGCCUUUGGUCGUCUCCAAAACACAGUUUGGAAUCGCCACGGUCUUCAACUCAGCACGAAACUGGAAACGUACAAGGCCAUCAUCAUCCUGACGGUGCUCUAUGGAACAGAGACCUGGACGGUGUACAUGAAGCAGGCACGCAGACUCAACCACUCCCAUCUCAGUUGUCUUCAUCGAAUACUGAAGCUGAGGUGGUAG